CCGCUCCGGGCCGCAUCCUCCCGCUCCGCCUGGUGAAAGGGCGGGCGCCGCCGCGGAGCCGGGGCUCGGCUCGCCGCUACUCUUCGCGCGGAGGCGGAGCCGCCCGGCCCAGCUCGGCUCAGUCCAGAAGCGGCGCGGCCCGCGCCGGCCCCGGCGGCGCCACCCGCCCGGCGGGGCGCUCCGCGCUCCCCAUGCGCGGUUCCGUGGCCGCUCCCUCACGGCCGUUUUGCUUCCUGGGCCCUCCCACCCGGACGGGAGGCUCCGCCCCUCCGGCCGCGGUGCCACGCCGGCGAAACGCGAUGGGCCGCAGGCUGAGUCUGCUCCUGGCUGCGCUGGCCCUGCUGGCGGCCCCGGCGCGGGCCGAGGAGGAGGUGAAGAUAGAGGUGCUGCACCUCCCCGAUGCCUGCAGCCCCAAGAGCAAGAAGGGGGACCUGCUGAACGCGCACUACGACGGCUUCCUGGCCAGCAACGGCUCCAAGUUCUACUGCAGUCGGACGCAAAAUGAUGGUCAUCCAAAAUGGUUCGUUCUGGGUGUUGGACAAGUCAUAAAGGGGUUGGAUAUUGCUAUGAUGAAUAUGUGUCCUGGAGAAAAACGGAAAGUGGUCAUCCCUCCAUCAUUAGCAUAUGGACAGCAAGGAUAUGCACAGGGCAAGAUUCCACCUAAUGCAACACUCAUCUUUGAGAUUGAACUUUAUGCAGUAAAUAAGGGACCUCGUAGUGUUGAAGCAUUUCAUCAAAUAGACAAGGACAGUGACAAGAAGCUCUCCGAACUCGAGAUAAGUCAAUAUUUGAAAGAAGAAUUUGCAAGAGAUGGCAAAAAACGUCAUCCCUCAGUCCAUGAUGAAAUUUUAGCUGAUAUAUUUAAGAAGAAUGACCAUGAUGGAGAUGGCUUCAUAUCAGCUAAGGAGUACAAUGUCUACCAGCAUGAUGAACUCUAAUUACCUGUCAACUCUUUGGCUGUUUUAUGGACAAAAAAUUAAAAAAAUCCAAAGUAAUACUUUGUUACAGAAUAUUUUUCUGUUUUUUUUUUUUUUUUUUUUUUUUUUUUUUUUUUUUAUAGUGGCAUCUUUUUUAUUUCUAAGGUGACUGUAAAAUACUACUUUUAACAUUUAGCUAAUAAAAUGUUUUAGAUGUUACAAAAUAAAUAAAAUUGGAAAACACCAAGAUCCAUAGUUUUAUUUUUCCUUUAUCAUUUCCUAAUCUACACAAU